UUUUUGAUCGAACGAUUUUGCUGAUAGUGAUUGCUGAAAACUUUGAACUUUCAUAAAAUAAUACAAAUUUAAAAGUUUGCGGUUUUAUAAUCAUUUUUAAAAAUGAAAUGCGUUACGCUGACGAACCAGUUCCUACGUUCGACUAGAUUAGUCGCCGUUUCGUUUAAGGAAAUCCACACCGAUAAUACUCUGUAUAAUGCUGCUGCAUCCGAGAAGAUUAAACAAUUCUCAAUUUACCGUUAUGAUCCAGCGAAUCCCGAACAGAAACCCCGUCUGCAAAAAUAUGACAUCGAUUUGAAGAAAUGUGGACCUAUGGUUCUGGAUGCUCUAAUUAAGAUUAAAAAUGAAAUGGAUCCUACGUUAACCUUCAGGAGAUCAUGCAGAGAAGGUAUCUGCGGAUCUUGCGCAAUGAAUAUCAACGGUACAAAUACACUGGCUUGUAUUUGCAAAAUAGAUACGGAUACUUCACAAACCACCAAAGUGUACCCCCUACCUCAUAUGUACGUUAUUAAAGAUUUGGUACCCGAUUUGACGAAUUUUUACAAUCAGUAUGCGUCUAUUAAACCUUGGCUUCAACGAAAGAAGGAAAAUUUUGGCGAAAAGCAAUACAAGCAGAGUGUAGAAGAUCGCAAACUACUUGAUGGAUUAUACGAAUGUAUUUUGUGCGCUUGCUGUUCUACCUCGUGCCCUUCUUAUUGGUGGAAUGGUGAUAAAUAUUUGGGACCUGCAGCUCUGAUGCAGGCAUACAGAUGGGUGAUCGAUUCGCGCGAUGAAGCGACUGAGCAACGUUUGAAGAAUUUAGCCGAUCCGUUUUCGUUAUUCCGUUGCCAUACGAUCAUGAAUUGUACUAGAACUUGUCCUAAGGGUUUGAAUCCAGGCCGAGCUAUUGGUGAACUGAAGAAACUCGUUGGUGGUGUUGCGAAGAAAGAUGAGCCGGAUAUGGUGGCGGAUUCUUGAUAAACAAAAUAUUAAUCUUCGUUAUUAAUUUAUUGCAAUUAAAAUUGAACAUUAUAGCUUGCAAUAAAUUUUUUAGUCCGAUUAUUUUGUCAACGGUUUACGCAGAGGUUAUUAAUUCGAGAAUAAUUUCAUUAUUAUCAAUAAAAUCUUGCUGGUACUUAAA